GUAUCGCUCUUCAUUCCAACAAACUACUACUAGUAGUAAUUUGACUAAUUUCACAUUCAUCCCCCUUUCGGCCUUUCCCAUAUCUCUCGCCUCUCUUCACUUCUCACUACACUCCACUUAGCUCACUCUUUCUCUCUACUCAGUUAUAUCAUCUCUCUCCUCUCUCUCUCUCCAAUGCGACUAUGAGCACGAACAAUUGUACACAAGCAUCUUCUACCACCUACACACAACACAAAACUCAAACCACCGUGUUUCGACAAUCACCCUCAAGUAAUAACAAGACGACUCCUAGAGUUGUGCGUAUAUCUGUCACGGAUCCCGAUGCUACAGACUCCUCCAGUGACGAUGAAACCCCGGCCUCUGAUCAUAGGAGAGUCAAGAAGUAUAUAAACGAGGUGAUCAUCAAGGAUUCGUCGAAUUCGCGCCGGAAAAAACUCGCCGGAAAAUCGAGAAAAGCGGCGCCGGCGACUAAGGUGAAGCUGAGCGCGGGGAAGAAGUUCCGCGGAGUGCGUCAACGACCGUGGGGAAAAUGGGCGGCGGAGAUUCGAGAUCCUUUCCGACGUGCACGUGUUUGGUUAGGUACAUUUGAUACGGCGGAAGAGGCUGCUAGGGUUUAUGACCACGCGGCUGUUCGCUUGCGUGGACCUAACGCGCUCACCAACUUCCCGCCGGGGACGUUCUCCGGCUAUGAAUCCGGCGUGGAGUCGAAUAAUACGAAUGUAACUAAUGCGGUAUGCUCGCCGAAAUCAGUGCUAAAGUUUGUCACGGUCUCCAAUGAAGAUGCUAGUAAUGAUGAUGCUCGGUCAACGCACAGUACAGUAACUAACGCCGUUAAAGUAGAAGAAUGUUUUACUCAUAUUCUGGAACUCAAUGAUAGUACGAGUGAUCUAUUCUCGGAGAGCCUGUCCGAGUUUGAUCAGUGUUCGGGUCUGGGUAUGUUUGACCCGACGGGUCUACCCGGGUGUAUUUUCGAAGGUGGCUGUCUGGAUAUGCUUGUUGGUUUGGAUAAUGAUUUCGGGUUCGGGUCAUCGAACUGGCUGGAUGGUGAUUACUUUCAAGAUUUUGGUGAUGUUUUCGGGUCGGAUCCUCUUGUGGUUCUUUGAGAAGUGUGAAGUCUUUUUUUUUUUUUUUCUAAAUAAAUGUUUCUCUAGUUAAGCAAUUUUGAUCCGAGAGUUCGUAUUCGAAAUUAGAUUGAGGCUUUUCUUGUUUGUAUUUCAAGUCAUUUUCAUGUCCAUAUGUUUCAGUAUUUCUUUAAUUUUAAUGUUCAAGUGCUUCUAUA